CCCACUGAAAAUACGCUGAUCAGACAAAAUCUAACCAUAUCACUCUCACCUUCAAAACUGGAGGCAAACUCAUUGCACUAAUACUAUCUAUAUUCCCACUUCUCAAGCGCCAAAUGUAAUCCCCAAAACGGUUGCAGAAAGGAGGGGAGGAAAAUGCCAAUGGGUUGCCCCUUUCUUUCCCUCCGCUUCUCCCUCUUUCUCUCCCUUUCUUUCGCAACUUCAUCUUCUCCCUUCUCAUUUUUCAAGCUCCAAUCCCCAUCAUCUUCAAUCCCCAAAGCUACGUCAUCCGAUUUGCUCUCUCUCUUGGCUUCCCCUUCUCACUCUUCCUCAGUUAACCCUUCAGUCGCCGAUGAACUCAAGUCCUGUUUCAAGUUCCUCGUCCCCUUUAAUCCAAUCAAUACCCGAUGGUCCUCUGAUUUCAAAUCCCCUUCUUCUAGACGGUCCCUUUUGAAAAGCCUAAGAGAUGAACAAAAUGAGCUCAUCUGGUGGCCUCCUGAACCGGUUCUUGAGCUGGCCAGGCUCGCUUUUGACUCUGGUGGUGAUCCUGAUUCAAUCCAUCGCGCUCUUGACCCUACCGUGAUGCCUGUGCCUGAUGUUGAAGGAUCGAAGGAAGAUAAAUGCGAGUUAACCAGAACGCCUUAUGGCAGACGCUUCAUAAGUCAGGAGUUGAAUUCAUAUCUUGAAUACUUGUUUAAACUCAUUGUUGAGAGGGGUCCUGAUGUUGGAUUGAAAGUUUCAUUAAAUCGAUAUGAUUUGUUUCAUGGACACCUUUUUAUUGCCACAGAGACCGGAAGGCUAGGCAUAUUGUUUCAUGCUAAAGAAUACCCCCUGUAUGAUAAACAAGUGUUUCCAUACUACUUGGGUUAUUGCCAGAAGGAUUCUAAUGUGACUUAUGAUGAUUCGAUAAACUUGAGAAAUAUUCUCUGGCUUGCUCCAUUGCCAAGCAAUUCAACACAAGGCUGGAUAGCUCCAGGAGUCCUGCUUGUCCUGGAUGCUCAUCCCGGAGGAAUUGUAUAUAGGGAUCUCAUACCUGAGUAUGUCAAUGUUGUGAGGACCAUAUAUGAAGAUGAUCUGGGUAAUGUUGUGGUUGAUGUAAACUAUCUGAACGUUGGAGAUUCACAGCCUGAUUAUCAGAUUUUUAUUUGUUGAUUCUUCCGAAGAGGAGCUUGAGAUCCAACCAUAGUUGCUAACAGCACUGUUUGGGUUCAGAAUCUCACAAUCAAUAACCAUGCAUGUACCACGAAAGACACAGUAUGGUUGUUGGUGGAUGCUUGUAUACUCAUAAUAAUGGCUUGCUAGUGUUUCUUGUGUAUCAAACUUACCCAAUGUGUACCCUAUUGUUACUUGAUAGAAAGAAUUGUAGCAUCCUUGUUUUCAUUUGAGCCUGUUGCUCUAAGUUUUACUUCAAUCCUUGUUGAAGAGAUUGUUCCUUAAUUGGGAUUUGGCGUGAAUCCCCCGUGUAAUUUAGGCUUUGUUCUAAUGCACUACCUGUACUUUCAAAAUGUUCAAUUAGAUACCCUACUUUAAUUACGUUAA